GGACCACACCUUGUAUACACACCAAACAAAUGAGGUCCUCACUGACAAAUGAGGACCGAACCCGGUCCUCAUUUGGAAUAUCCUUCUAAAUCAAUCCAAAAUUCAAUUCUGAUCAUGAAAAUGUAAAAAAAUCAUGUGGUUGCAUUUGCCGGUGACGAUAUGUUCUGUGUGUCGCGAUGUACACAGAUUUCAUCGUCCAUGUCAGUACGCCGUCGCACACUCCUAAGCGAUCAUUUCCGGUGUGUGAAAAUAUAAAAUGCAUUAUGGGUAUUUUCAUAUAAAACUUCAAAAUGUAUAGAUUUCUAAAGAAGAAACCAUAAUUCUCCUCAAAUUACAUAUCGAAACAAGUUAUUUCAUUAUAUUUUAAACAAAAAUUCUUCAGUUAACAAACUAAUGAAAUGUUCUCGUGCCGCCAAAUUUCGAUUCACCUUCCCGUCAGCGGCCAUCUUGGAAGGGAGCAUUUUGGAUUCUUCCUAUAAAUGGCAUGAAUGUGUCAACAUGAAUUUAAGAAAAAGGAAACAAUCCUGGAAGGAAAAUGAGGAAGAAAUUGAUAAGAAUGGCCUUCAUCUCUAUAUCAAAACAUCAACAGGAAAAGGAGUCUAUGCAGGAAAGGCUAUUGAGGCAGGAGAAGACAUAUGUAGGUACCAAGGAAUGGUUCAGGAAACAGAUCCUGCAGAUGAGGAUGACACAUAUGUCUUUGAAAUAAAUUUUAAAGGAAAGAAACUAUGGGUUAAUGCAACAAAAGAAGAUGACACAUUUGGAAGGCUGAUCAAUGAUAAUCAUAAAAACCCAAACUGUAGAGCCAAGGUUUUCGAGUCUGAUGGUUAGCCCCAAAUUGUGUUUAAAGCCACAAGAUACAUACAAAAAGAUGAGGAAAUUUGCUACAACUAUGGACCAGGCCCAUAUCCAUGGCGAACAAAGGUAGUAUCAUUGUACAUAUUCAGUACAGAAAGGAGGUGUUGCAUGGCGGCCCACAAUCGAUUUUUAGUUUUUUAGUUUUAAUCGAAUAGUGAGCCUAAAAAAGUUGUUGAAACUGUAUUUUUUCUUCAAUUAAAUAAUAAAUGUGAUUGCAGUGCCGUUUUUUUAAGGUAUUUGGGCAUCUUUAUAACUAUCUGCCUUUUAUUCAAGAUAUUGCAAUGUUACAAAACUCGAUAAACGUUUUGCUUCCAUCAUUAAAUAUGGCUCUUAAAACAACCAAUGAUAUAUAACAAUUGGCUAUUUAUUGUAUCAUUUUCUUGCAAAUCAAAUUCAAACGUCAAUUUCACAACUGCAAUUUAAGAGAAUUUAGCUUUUUGAAUUCUGCAUAUUGCAUUUAAGUAAAAAUAAACACAUAAUAAACCUUGAGCACCCUAAAAUUUUGACAUUUAAAAAUAACUUGUG